UAAUGAUGAACAUGUUCGAAUCGGAGAGGAGCAAUGGUCCCACACAUCAGUAUGAGGAUCAGACCGUAUGCGAUUCAUUAUCUUCCUUUUCUAACCCUAGUGUUUUUAACCCAAGUCUCAGAUGCUUAUAACACCAAGUGCCUAUCCAAAGGUAAAGUCACGCAGACAUGUUACUACCACACAACAUGCUGCGCUACCGCAUCCGGGGGGAGCUUCUACUUUGUCUGCUGCAAAUGGGCGACCAUCAAGCACAACACGUACUGCCGGCAACAGUUCUCUACACAGUACUGUUAUGGGGACAACCACUACUGCUGUCCGUCGGGGUCAUAUUAUGGAGACAGAUUCUCAACGUGCUGUGGGUCCAGUCAGUAUGUUCACGGAUCUGCAGCAAGGAAUGGACUCAAUACACAUGAAGCAGUCGGCAUCGGUUUAGGCGUUACUCUCGCCAUCAUUCUGUUUGUGAUCGUUCCUAUCGCCUGUGUAUGCCUAAAGCACCCAAGUAAAGUGUAUCCGAUAAGAUACUGAUGGACCUUGGAUAUCUCCCGAGAGUACAGGAUUCCUUCUCGGGAAUCUACGUCAAAUGGACACACUUAACUGCUAAAUCACAGCCAUGCGCGUAAAUCUCGUCAACAGAAUAUAAAUUUUAAUGAUGGAAGAGGACAAAACUCUCGGGGAAGAGUUGUCAGCAAACUUAAGUGGUCUUUAUUCUCUUCACCAGGGCGCACAUUCAGAGUACAA